AUGAAUAAUAACCACCCUCAUCAUGGCUAUUGCAACAUUGGACGACCAUUAUUAAUCGAUGAUAUUCUUUAUGAAAUUCUUCAUUUUCUCGAUUCCAUCACCAUCCUUCGAAUUUGUAUGAAAGUUUCAAAACAAUGGAGACAAGUCUCAUUAAACAUUCCUUUGAGUUUGUCCUUUCAAGCCCGAGCAAACAAGAUACGACGGAAUUUGUCAAAGUUACCUGAUGAAAUGGAUGGAAUUAAAUUUGCUGAAUCUAUUGCAAAUUCGAGUGAAUAUUUGAAGAAUUUAACACAGUUGGAUAUUUCUGCCAAUCGUAUUGGUCCUGAAGGAAUAUCUAUUCUUCUGCAGAGUGAAAAUGGUUUAAAGAAUUUAAUUUCACUCAAUGUGGCAUCGAAUGACAUUGGUUUGAAAGGAGUGAUUUGCAUUGCACAUUGUGAACAUUUAACAUUUUUGGAUAUACAUGAAAAUCAAAUCGGUACAGAAGGCACUAGAGUGAUUGCAAACAGUCCCAACUUGCAACAUUUAACAUCUUUGAAUUUGUAUUGCAAUCAAAUUGGUCCAAUGGGUGCUCAAUAUAUUGCAAGUAGUCCAUACUUGAAAAAUUUAACAAAUCUCGAUCUAGCUUCGAAUGAUCUUGAUUCAGAAAGUAUUUCCUUUAUUGCUACAAGUGAGAAUUUGAAAAAGUUAUCUUGGUUAUGUUUGCAUGAUAAUCCUAUUGGCUCCGAAGGAGCUCAAUUUAUUGCAAACAGUGACCAUUUGACAAGUUUAACAUGUUUGGAAAUGUAUGGUUGCAAUAUUGGCUCCGAAGGUGUCACAUUUCUUGCAAAUAGUCCAACUUUGAAGAAUUUACUAACUUUGGAUUUGUCUGGCAAUCAAGUGACCUCCGAAGGUGCCAUUUCCAUUGCAAAUAGUCCAACCUUGAAAAAUUUAACAGACCUUGUCAUGUAUGCCAAUCAAAUUGAUUCGAAAGGUGCUGAAUCUAUUGGAAAUAGUCCAACAUUGAAGAAUUUAACUUCGCUAAUUUUAUCAGACAACCAUCUCGGUUCAGAAGGAGCUCAUUUCAUUGUGAACAGCUCACACUUGGACAAGUUAACCUUAUUGGAUAUGUCUUUGAAUGAAAUAGGCCCUGAAGGUGUGACACUUAUUGCAAGUAAUGAAAAUUUAAAGAGAUUAAGGACUUUGGAUUUGUCUGACAAUUGUAUGGGAUUACACACGACUGUAUUUAUUUCACAUCUGGAAAAUUUGAAGAAUUUAACUUCAUUUGUCAAACAAUGA